AUGUCUGAACCAAAGGUGCGUGUUGCUGCUGCUGACCAGGAGGAGCCGGGGCUGCCGCUCUGCAGGAAGGUUUGCUAUGCUGUUGGGGGCAUUCCCUACCAGAUGACGGGCAAUGCCCUGGGGUUUUUCCUCCAGAUCUUCCUGCUGGAUGUCGUGCAGCUGGAGCCGUUCCAUGCCUCUUUGAUCCUUUUCCUUGGAAGAGCCUGGGAUGCAGUUACUGACCCAGCUAUUGGCUUCCUGGUCAGCAAGAGCCCGAGGACAAAAUACGGCAAGCUGGUGCCAUGGAUCGCAUGCUCCAUGCCCUUCGGGGUGCUCUGCUACUGCAUGAUGUGGUCCAGCCUCCCGGAUGCCACCCCCGCCGCCCUGAAAUUCCUGUGGUACCUGUUCAUGUACAGCUUCUUCCAGACCUGCAUGACUUGCUACCAUGUGCCGUACUCUUCCCUCACAAUGUUCCUGGGAGGAACCCAGGGAGACCGUGACUCAGCCACUGCCUACAGAAUGGGGAUGGAGGUGUUCAGCACUCUGCUCGGGUCAGGAAUCCAGGGGCAGAUGGUGGGUAGUUACCAUGCCCGCAUGAACGGCUGUUCCAUGUCGAAUGAAACCGUGUCCAAUACCAGCACCUCCGGCCUCACCGGCUCCCUGGACAACACGCGUAGAGCCUAUUUCUUUGCAUCCCUGGUCCUGGGCUCAGUCUAUUGCCUUUCCUGUCUGGUUCUCAUCUUCGGUGUCAAGGAGCAGCCAGGGCCCCUCAGGCCCCUGGGGAAGGUUGAGCUGCCCUUUGCCAGCUGCCUGAGGAUGAUGGUGGGACACAAGCCCUACACCCAGCUGCUCUGUGCCUUCCUCUUCGCAUCCCUGGCUUUCCAGAUCACACAAGGGAUCUUUGCCUUCUUCUGUACCCAUGCUGCGGGGCUGGCCGGGAAGUUCCAGCAUUUAGUGCUUAUCAUGUUGGUCACAGCUUCCCUCUCCAUUCCCUUCUGGCAAUGGUUUUUGGGGAGAUUUGGAAAGAAAACAGCAGCCUCCCUGGGCCUGGCACUCAUCAUCCCAGCCCUGGUAGCUGUCACCCAAGUGAUGCACAACUUCCCGGCCUUCAUCUUCCCGGUGAUGGUGGCAGGCUGCAGCAUGGCUGUGCUCUACCUUUUGCCAUGGUCCAUGCUGCCGGAUGCAGUAGAUGACUUCAUGCUGAGGAACCCCGGCUGCCUCAACCUGGAGGCUCUCUUCUACUCCUUUUAUGUCUUCUUCAACAAGCUUGCUGGGGGCCUUGCCGUGGGGAUAUCCACACUGAGCUUACAUUUUGCAGGUUACCAUGCUGGAGACUGCACAUCCAACCCCUCUGUGGUCCUCACCCUGCAGCUUCUCAUGGCUCCAGUUCCAAUAAGCCUGCUGCUCAUUGCCAUAUUUGUCUUCUACCUCCAUCCCAUUGGUGAGGAGAGGAGGAAGGAGAUGAGAAUGGAGAUGGAGGCAAUGGGGUAAAUUUGAGCUCCCGGAAGCCUUGGUCCU